GCUUCAACUUCACGUUUAGUAUCUUCAAAGAUAAUGUCUAAUAAUUUUGUCGAAAGUUUUUUUCAACUAGGAAGUUUGAAAGCUGGUUUGGCUUUUUUCCAUAAAUCCUUUAUAGGUUCCAUUUCCGAUAGUGAUAAAAAAAGACCACAUCGAAAUAUAGACUUUGCAAAUGCUAAUUCUAAUGAUUCUUGUUCUUUUUUUGAAAUAGAAUCGGCAGAUGUUAAUAAAGAAGCUGAUGUGGAUGUGCUUACAGAUGCUUCGUCAUCACUUUCUUC